UAAGCAUGCAAUUUCUGGUGGAUAUGGUAAGUCUAUGUCCUCCCUCUUCUUCUUCUUCUUCUUCUUCUCCUUGCGAUUCCGCCCUUUCUUUCUCAUGGUAGAUCAUCUCCGAGAAUGUGCCUCCAUUUCUAAUCAAAAGAAGAAAGGUUUCAGCCUUCGGGACCUUACCCAACUUUACAGAUCAUUAUUCGCAUUACGAUCAUGGCGUCGUCAUAAGAAAUCAUCCUCAAAAGAACCUCAUUCCAAACGUCCCCAAACCAUCGACGAACCUUACCAGGGCCCUGGAAACGAGAAUCGAGAUAAAGGAAACAUGUAUGGAGUUGGCAGCUAUAGAUACAAUGGAAAUGGAUUGCAAGGGAAUAGUCCUACGAGUGCUAAUAAUGCUUGUUUCAAGCAUCGAAGCAUGGACACGUUCUUUUCUUCCAUCCCUCCUCCAAUCUCAAGAAGUGCAAGCAAGAGGAGCCCCGCUCCCAGCCCCCGACCCUCCUUUGCGUAUAGGAAUGGAAGCCUGAGAAGCACAGAUACAAAAGGAAUAUUUCCUGAGACCCUGUCAAGAAGCCCAAACCGCUGGAACGGCAAUCCCAUCAUGUUUUCAAACUCAACUGGGAUGGUGAAACCUCCGCCUAUCGAGAGGCAGCUCGAGUGCACGCUUGAAGAGUUGUGCUAUGGAUGCAUGAAGAAGAUUAAGAUCACAAGAGACGUCCUUACAGAAUCCGGACAAAUAGUUCAGGAGGAUGAGAUUCUAUCAGUAAAAGUGAAGCCAGGAUGGAAGAAAGGAACCAAGAUUACAUUUGAAGGAAUGGGCAACGAGAGACCAGGAGCUUAUGCAGCUGAUAUAACGUUUGUGAUUGCUGAGAAAAGACAUAAUUUGUUUACAAGAGAAGGUGAUAAUUUAGAGCUGGCAAUUGAAAUUCCUCUGGUAAAAGCUCUGACCGGUUGCACCAUUCCCAUCCCUUUACUGGGCGGGGAGAAGAUGAAUUUGAGAGUAGAUGAGAUCAUUCACCCUGGCUACCAAAGGAUAAUCACAGGCCAGGGUAUGCCAAACACAAAAGAACACGGAGGCAGAGGAAACUUGAAAGUUGUAUUCCUAAUUAACUUCCCAACAGAGCUUACAGAUGAACAACGAGCCACUGUGGUUAGCAUUUUAGGGGAUUCCUGUUGAUGAAUAUGUUUUAGUUUCUUUCGGACUCCAGAGUUUGUUUUUCUUGUGGAUAUUUUGUGUUGCAACAGAAUUUCAUCAUUGUAAAAUGCAUUAGUUAGAAACUCUGCAUAUAAUUCAAGGAUUACAUCUCUGUUCUUGCAUCUUACCUGCAGAAAACCAGUCAGCUGGCUUUUCUUUCCCUUUAUUCCCCUUUCAUUCAUCGUUAUAAGCAAAUGCUGACCUAAAGAUCUGCAGUGAAAAGCUAAAAGAGAGAAAAUACUGAGAAUGCUGCUAUACGUCGAAAUGAAAAUAGAAUUCUCGACCAUCCCUGAGCCAUCAAAAGACUUACUGAUAUUAGCAUGUUCUGAAUACAAUGAGAAAUACUAAUAAGUGAAGAUAAACUUCAAUCUUUAUCACUCAAAGCAGUGGCACUUGAAAGAAUGUCCCACAUUAUGCCUCUUAUGAUACCAGACAUCUAAUGCUAAGCUUUCAAACUGGAACAGAGCAUAUCAGUUCUGCACUGAGAAAAAGAGCCUCAGAAUAAAAUAAUUCUUGGUAGAGCUAGUUUCAACUAUAGCUAGGUUCCUGUUAGUCUGACAUCUUCAAACAAUCACCAAUCGUAAAUACAUUCCAAACAUCACAUUGAAUUAAAGAUGACAAAGCUGAAAAUCAUUUAUAUAAUUUAUUUUUAGUCUUGUAUACAAUCAACCUUAGUCAAAGUGAAUUAAUGCUUUAAAAUAUACUGAAAUGAGUGCCUUAAAUUAUAUUAUUACAUGCUUGAAAGAAAUGAAAACGUGCAACAUAGACAGC